AGAAUGGACUGCUGUUUUGUGAUAAGGAACAUGUAACUUUUUACAACUCUCAAUUGCAUCUGAAUCAAUAUCAAUGUCUGUGACAGGUUAAGAAAAUUGAUUUGGUCUUCCAAAAGCUGUGAUUUCCUUACAGUGCAGUCUCAGCACCUGCCGUCCUCCCCAUUGGAGUAAAGUUCCUUUCAUUGUAUACCCAUUAGUUUGGCAGCUGUGGAAGUGAAGGGAGAAGAAAUCUUGCACCUAAGAUGACAGAGAAAUCCAAUGUAGCUAGCAGUAUCCCUGCAAAUGAAUAAAGCAUAUUUCAGCUUCUUCAGGAGGCAUAAAUGACACACCCUGACCAAAGUACACAAUCGUUUGAUUGGUACAAGAAGAUCAUGGGGAUCCAGGUACAAAUGUAGAAAAGGAGGAAGAGAGAGAUCUAGUUAAUCAGUAAUUCCCAAGCAUAAUGCAGGUUUGAACAAACAAUACAGUCUCUCAACAGUAAGGACAGUAUCUCAGCUGAAACACUUCUCGGCACAAGUCUAUUGUUCUGAGAAAGAAGAAAAUGAAAAGCAAGACAAGUUUUCUUCUGCAAGGAGAGGCAUGUUCUUCCAGAUGUCCAGAUAACACUGCAUUCAAACAGCAGAGACUACCAGCUUGGAAGCCCCAGCUUAACGUUGCAAGUGUGCUCUGCAGCUUCUUUCUCACAGGUGCCUUCUGCAUCGCUGUUGGAGUCUGCCUCACGCUGUCUGCAAACAGCGUCAGAGAAAUUCAGAUUGAUUAUUCAGAUAAAUGUUCAGAGUGUUCAAAAUUCCGUGAAAAUUCUUCUAACUGGAAUAAUGAAUGCCACUGUUCUGCUGAUUUCGUGCUAGAGGAGGGUAUAAUGGGUGAUGUUUUUAUGUACUAUGGCCUGCAAAACUUCUAUCAAAACCACCGUCGAUACAUGAUAUCAAGGAGUAAUGCACAGCUGCUGGGUCAGAAGGCAAAUAUCCAGCAGCACUGCGCACCCUUUGCCACCUACCAAAAUGGAACACCCAUGGCUCCCUGUGGUGCUAUUGCCAACAGCAUGUUCAAUGAUACUAUCGAGCUUUUCUACAGUUUUAACUCAUCUGUUAUUCAAGUGCCUCUGCUGAGGACUGGGAAUUGUUGGUGGACAGACAAGAAUGUGAAGUUUCGCAAUCCAAAAUCACACAAUCUCUCUUCUGCAUUUGCAGGGACAGCAAGACCUCCCUACUGGCAGAAGCCAGUGUAUUUAUUAGACGAGGAAGAUGAAAGGAACAACGGUUACGUAAAUGAAGACCUCAUUAUCUGGAUGCGAGUGUCAGCCUUUGCUACAUUCCGAAAUCUUUACCGGCGUGUCAAGCGGGUAGAGCAGUUUGCAGAUGGCCUUCCUGCUGGGAAUUACACUUUUCAGAUUUCCUAUAAUUUCCCUGUUAGCAAAUUCAAGGGGAGGAAGCAUGUGAUUCUUUCAACCGUGGUAUGGAGCGGAGGAAGUAGCCAAUUCCUGGGAAUUGCCUAUCUGGUUACUGGCUCAGCAGCAACUCUGACAGGUUUUGUGAUAACUGGCAUUCAUUUAAAGCUCAGAAAGAAGAAGACAUACUUUCAGAAGUAGUAAGGUUCCCUGGCUUUAUGAAAAAAGGCAAAGCUGUGCUGUGAAAAAGAAUAUGCACCACACACCCUUCGUUAUUUUGCCUGAGCUCUGGAUCUGUUUCAGUAACAUGUUUGGUGAUCAUAAGCAAAUUGAGGAGCAUCAAUUCAUCAUCCAAACUCAAACUUUCCCUAGAAUGCAUUCUUACUAAUGUAUGUAUGCUCCUAAAUUUGCUUCCUAGGAAACCUGUAGUGAGAUCAAGAUCAAAUGACGGAUAGCAUAGUGGGUUGGAAUUGUAGUGGCAAAGAAAUUACAUGGUACUAAUGGUUGGCCAGAAGUAAGGGUCCAUAUUAAUUUCCUAGCACAGUAUUUCUCUGGAGCUUUGGAUGGGUAAAAAGUUAGUUCUUGAUCCAUCAGAAAACUUCAGCAGGUGGUAUAAAAUCUAGUUGUGAGCCACCCAUGCAUGGGCUAAAUGGCUUUAGGUACUUUUUUAAGCCAUCCUGAAAAGCUGCCAAUUUAGCACAGCAUAUUCAUCACGGUUUGGCACUCAAUUUAUGACUGAGCACAGGACAUUUUUUAGCAGUUUCUUUCAAUAUAAUUUAUUGGUUUUACCUAGAUACUGAGACUGAGCUGCAAAGCUAGAGGGCAUCAAAACACUGAUUUACAUUUUUUUAAUUGCUAUUGUUAAAUUAAAAGCUCCUUCAAUGGUAAAUAUUUUAGCUGAAAAUUCUACCUAAUACAACUAUUUGGCCACAAUUCCACUCCUACCUACCCCAUCCUGCCACACAGAAAUUCAUUGACUCUUAUAUCUUUUCAAAUCCCAUUUUCUGUGCUGUGGUGACUUAGUGUCAAUAAAAAUAAAGCAUCAGAAAAUCUAUCAACUUAAUUUUGAAAAAGUAAAGACUGCAGGUCAUGAAAAGCUUAACAAUUUUCAUGGUUUGUGUUCAAAGUUGUACACAGUUAGGAAUUACUUCCAGUUUCUCACAAAGCAUAGGAACAGCACUGAAGAAUUUAGGUCAAACACGCCAUGAUUUAUCUGAAUUUUUUUAAAAUAACUUUUCUGUUGUGAAGGUGCAAAUGGAAUAAAACACUUCACUUCCCUUGAUAAA